UAAUAUUCUUUCUUUAUAUUGAGACUAAUUGUUUACCUUUUCUACAGGUUUGUGCCAUUAAGGCCCUUGGCUUUGGAGAGAAUAGAAAGGCUAAUUUGCAAGACCUUGCCGCCCUUACUGGUGGAGAGGUUAUCACGGAUGAGCUCGGCAUGAAUCUGGAGAAGGUGGACUUGGGCAUGCUAGGGACCUACAAAAGAGUUACUGUUUCCAAGGACGACACUGUUAUUCUUGAUGGAGCCGAAGACAAGACAGCCAUUGAGGAAAGAUGUGAGCAGGUAAGGUCAGCAAUUGAACUAAGCACUUCAGAUUAUGACAAGGAGAAACUGCAAGAAAGGUUGGCUAAGCUCUCUGGAGGAGUUGCAGUUUUGAAGAUUGGACGAGCAAGUGAAGCUGAAGUUGGUGAGAAGAAAGACAGAGUGACAGAUGCUCUGAAUGCCACUAAAGCAGCUGUUGAAGAGGGUAUUUUGCCAGGAGGAGGUGUGGCUCUUCUAUACGCAGCGAGGGAGUUGGAGAAACUUUCAACAGCCAACUUCGACCAGAAGAUUGGUGUGCAUAUCAUUCAGAACGCUUUGAAGACCCCUGUGCACACAAUUGCUUCAAACGCUGGAGUAGAAGGUGCUGUUAUUGUUGGCAAACUCAUGGAGCAAGAUAACACAGACCUUUGUGUCGUCUCUGUUGACAACAACUGAAGUAGUAGUGGUAGAGCUUCCCAAAGACGAAAGCGAGGCAGCAGGAGCUGGAGCAGGCAUGGGUGGUAUGGGAGGCAUGGAUUAUUAAUUACAUCACUAAACUCUCUUAUAUUUUUUUUUGCGCAAUCAUCACGUUAACAUGAGAGAGGAUUAUUGUAUCAGUCUUUGAUUAUUGUACGAGUCUUUUGCCUUUGUUGCUCAAUCUAUACUAUACUAAAAGGGACUGAUAAAGCCCUUUAAGCUGUCCACAUUGGAUUUAAAAAUUAACAAAUCAGAGAAGUUUAAUUUGCCACGUCAUUGCUGGUUUGUCGACUGAAGAUAAGAAACUGGGCUUUUGGUAUUAUUUGGUUACAUGUCCUUCUUCUUAGUCCAAUAAUGAGCCAUCUUUAAAACCUAAUAGUUCUCUAGUCGUCGUCGUCUUCCAUCUCUUCUUAUCUCAGCACCUUCAUCUUUACAGCUUCUCCUUCUCCGCUUGAACGUAUACGUUAAUGAACAUUUAGCUCAAUCAUUAAUUGCAGAUAUCCUAAGGACAUGAAUCGAUUUCCAUUCCACCAGCUCCACAUUAUAUAAGUCCCUCAUCUCUUUGUUCCUUCCUCUCAUCACCACAGUAACAGAAAUCAAUUUAUCAAAUCCACAAAAGGGAACAGAGACAGCGAAAUUUACCGGCAACCCCCAUGUGUCUCUCUACAGUGACGAGUACCCUGAUUUUAUAAUAACUAUACAAGUAAGGAUAUUACCGCUCUUAACUACAACUAAGCUAUGUUGAAGGCAAGGUGGUACUUAACAAGCAUGAGGA